AUGGAAGGAGUUGGACCAACUGCAAAAAAGGCUCACAAUUUGAGUAAACCCAUGUUGACAUACGCUUUCACUGUCGUAACAGUGGUUUUAGGGCUGGCCUUUACUCUGUACUCUCUACCAGCCCCAUUUCUGCCCUUCUUUCACGCUGACAGGAAUGUGUCCUCGGUUUGGGACGGAGUUAUUCUUGGCGCUGUGUCAGUCGGGUUCUUCAUAUCUUGUUUCCUUACUGCUCAGCUGAUGGAACAUUUCAAUUACCUGCCGAUUUUGAUGACUGGUUCCGGUGCUCUCGGAAUUCUCUUUAUCGUUAAUAGUUUCUUCGACAGAAUCACGAACAACAUACUCUACAUUGUUCUCUCCUGUUCCUUCCGAGUGGUAGCCGGCAUCGCAAUUGGACUCGUCUCCGUUCCCUCCUUUGGAGUGCUCGCCAAAAUGAUCCCCACCCGAAUUGCUUUUGUUACAGCUACGGCGGAGGCUGCUUUGAACGGGGCACAAGCCUUCGGACCUUUCAUGGGCAGUUUGCUGUAUGACGCUGGAGGUUACAGUCUAGCGUUCUGGGUUCCAGGUGUUAUAGUGGCUUGCAAUGUGCUGUUAGAACUCACCAUACCACAUGUUAACACCCUGCCUGAUCAAACUGACACUAACGACAGUAUAAAGGUGUACAAGGACCCCUGGAUAAUGAUGGCUGCAUGGCACUGUGCUGCUUGUCAGGUUCUACUCUAUUUCCACCUCCCAACACUAGAUCCUUUUGCGGAGCGAGCUCUGGGAGAAACAGUGGUAUGGACUGGACUUGCACUUCUCGUCAACACCAGCACCACUAUUCUAUGCACACCUCCUCUAGCAACAUCUAAAAUGCAGGUUAUGUUGGUCCUGGCUCUGCUGGGAUUCUUUGUACCAAUGGGAUCCACUCCAAUACUGGUUAUCAUGAUUGAUGUUUAUAAGUUGAGGAAUGGAGGGGAGAUCUCCGUCUAA